UCUCUGAAACCUGUGCUACGGGCUAGGGUUUGAGAAACAAAAACUGGCUUUACAAAUUGACCUGUGUCUAUAGUUUAUGUGUGUUUGUGGAUCUUUGGGCUGAGAACUGAAACAAAACUUUGUGCAAGAUGUGCCAGUAAAUGUUUGAAGUUUCAGAACGUCUAACACACACACAUACACACACACAACCACUCAACUUUGUUGACGCUGUUGAAGACUCCACCGUGUUUGUAAUCUCUAAGAUGUGAGAAACUGUUUCCUCUCAAAUGUGUGAAAACUUGUUCAACCAAACUCCGCCCUCACGAUGACAAAACACAACCUCACGUAGUGUGUAGUUGUCGCGUGCUUCCGGUGUUGUUUGCGUGUUGUGGUUGCCAUGACAACGAUUGACGAAUGCCGCAAACAAUACGAGGAGCUGCAAGCCUCCACCCCUGUCCCCGUAGAGAGGAUCAUCAAGGUCAACCCCAGGCUCAAGGUCAGCAAAGAAAAGAGAAAGACCAUCAGCAGAACUGGGAGCCACAAGUCACGUGGCUCUACGGGCGGGGGGUCUAAGAAACAAAGAGAGCAGGGGGAUCAUGGGGGUCAUCCUUCGGACAGCGAGAGUGACCUUGAGGAGAACCGGAUUCGGGACAACAAGUCUGACCUUGACAUGAUUGGCGUGGACAUUUCCAACGAAAACGAUUGGGACACGGAUCUGGAGAACGAAGAUCCCCAGCCUGUGUAUGACCACAGUGGGCGGAGCUUGUACCUUGACGCGUGUAAAAACUUUGGCGUGGUGCCCAUCUCCUACUUCCUGCGACACAUGAACGACAGCCAUCUUUCCAUGAAACAUCACGGGCUCGCUGGGGAAGGCAUGAGACCCAUCGCUAUUUCGUUAGUGUCAAACGCCACCAUCAACACACUGGACCUGACGGACAACUGGCUGGGCUAUGACGGGGGGAUGGCGGUUUGUGAGAUGUUGAAGGAGAAUUGUUUCAUCACAGACCUGAAUUUGUCUGACAAUAAUUUAAACAAAUGUUCCGAGCACCUAUGCCAGAUAAUCCAAAAGAACGACACUCUCCGUAGGGUAACCCUAACAGGGAAUGGUUUUGAUGACACAGCUGCUGUUCAUCUGGCUAAUCUUAUCCUGACCACGUCCAAGCUAGAAUAUCUGAAUCUAAGUCACAACUGUCUGGGGGAGAAGGCGGGACUGCUCCUGGGGCCGGCUAUCUCGGAGAAUCUCUGCCUGAAGGAACUGGACCUGUCCUGGAACCAUCUGAGAAGGAAAGGUGCCAUCUCUGUGGCUGCCGGUGUCAAGAGCAAUGUGUUCAUGAAAAAAGUGAACCUCUCCUGGAAUGGGUUUGGGUUUGAUGCAUCCAGUGCCUUGAUGGAUGCCUUAAAGGCCAACAGUGUUCUUGAGGAGUUGGAUUUGACCAACAAUAGAAUAGCCACAGAGGGAGCAGUGCUGAUUGGCAAGGGCAUCACAGUCAAUGAGUCUCUGAAAGUGAUCAGGAUUGGUAAAAACCCAAUGCAAAGUGCUGGCUGCUGGGCCAUAGCUGCAGCCAUCUUAAAAAAUCCAAACUGUAUUUUGGAGGCGGUCGACUUUUCUGACAUCACUGUCAACAAAGAUUUUGUGACUCUAUGGAAACAGGUGGAAGAGAAGUUUCCACAGCUAAAGAUGAGUCAUGGAGGUACUGAAAUGCCUCUCAAACCCAAACAAAGAGUCCACCCACUCAUCAAAUUAAACGCCUUCAUUAACUCCAGAAAUAUUCGAUUGGUUGAAUUUUUCAAUCAGUUUGAUAAAGAUGGCACAAUGAAUGUCAGCAAAGCAGAAUUUAGACAAGGAUUGGAGCUGCUCAUCAAGCAAACUGGUAUUGGCCUGACACCUGAUGAGGUGGACAUGUUGGUGGCAGAGCUGGACACAGCAGGUACAGGGACCAUCAACUACAGUGAACUUGUCCGAGGCCAUAAAGACAGUGACAAGACCAAGAGAUUCAGUACAUACAAAACUCUGAGACCAAUGACAUCAUAAACCAGGAAAAGUUUUUUUUAAUGGCGGACCAAAAUCAUCUGAGAUAUUAUGCCAGUAUUUUCUGUCAGUAUUUCUAGUACAUUAAUU